ACACACGUCCAUGCAAAUACUGACCGUUAAAUCAGCCUAAUCAUCUUAUGUGAUCGUUCACAUAAAUGGAGAUACAUUUGGACAGAGAAAAACAACAAGCGUCACAUUUCUGAUCAUGUUUGAUCUGUGGUCGAUUAGUUUCACUUCAGAAGUAAACACGUUGCGUAAGCCAGACCCUCCCAAUCGAGAGGACCGUAAAUCGAUGUCAGCCCUUUGCUGUCGUCCAAUAAGUGUUGUAUCAACGGGACAAAACUACGCUGUCAAGAUGUUUUUAACUUCUGCAAUUCGAUCUGUUGUAUCGAAAACGUCCAGGCAGGUCAGGAGUCUGCACCAGUCCGCUGCCAGAGCUGGAGCUGGGGGCAUCUUUGUGCACAGAGACACACCUGACAACAACCCAGAUACUCCAUUUGAGUUCACUGUGGACAACCUGAAGAGGAUUGAUGCUAUCAUUAGUAUGUACCCAGAGGGCCACAAACAGGCCGCCACCAUCCCCGUGUUGGACCUGGCUCAGAGACAGCAUGGAUGGCUCCCCAUCUCAGCCAUGAACAAGGUGGCCGAGGUGCUUGAGGUCCCUCCGAUGAGGAUCUAUGAGGUAGCGACGUUCUACACCAUGUUCCUGAGGCAGCCGGUGGGCAAGUACCACAUCCAGAUCUGCACUACAACUCCCUGCAUGCUUUGCGACUCCGACAGCAUCCUGGAGGCCCUCCAGAACAAACUGGGCAUCAAGGUAGGAGGGAUGACUGCAGACAAGAUGUUCUCUCUCAUAGAGGUGGAGUGUCUUGGUGCCUGUGUUAACGCUCCCAUGGUCCAGAUCAACGACAACUACUACGAGGACCUGAGUCCUAAAGACAUUGAUCAGAUCAUUGACGAACUGAAAGCUGGACAAGUCCCUCCUCCUGGACCCAGGAACGGACGUUUCUCCUGUGAGCCAGCAGGUGGACUGACAUCUCUGUCUGAGCCUCCUCCUGGACCUGGUUUUGGUGUUAGAGCUGAUUUAUAAAACACCUGAACAACAGGACGCCCAGGCAUAACUUCACUAAGGUGUUCAAAGUGUAUGAACUUAAUAAUAAUAAUAAUGAUGUAAAUAAAAUGUCCAUUUAAUUGUG